CGGUCAAAUGUGUGAUGUUUUCCUUAAAGUGUAUCCUUUUAGUGUUGCUCCAGGCAGUGUCCUGUUCUUGGGGGGAGUUCUUUAGCUCCACCUCUGGCCUGGAGAAGCUAUUCCAAACGGAGGUUGUGCUCCUGGAAGAGCUGCAGAAUUAUGUGAAUGGAAUUUAUCAACAUGCCGAAGCCUUGCAAAGCGAGAUCGAUGCCAUCCGUGUGGAGCAUCAGAGUGCCGCCGAUGGAAUCGAUGACUACCUCAACAAUCCAGUGAACGCGUUCCGGUUGAUUAAGCGCCUCCACAGCGAUUGGGAGACCUUCGAGAGCAGCGUUGCCUCGGAUACGAGCAGAGCAGACUAUCUGGAAGCCAUGUCGGGGCACAGGGCUAACCUGAGUUACCCCUCAGGCGAUGAUUUUUUGGGUUCCGCCAUUGCCUUGACCAGACUCCAGCAAACCUAUCAACUUGAUGUGGCAGAGCUGGCCAGUGGCAUUCUAAAUGGCGUUAAAUACGGCACUGCCAUGUCCUGGCAGGAUUGCUUUGUCCUGGGACAGCAUCUGUAUGCCCUGCGUGACUACAACCACACAGUGCCCUGGCUACAGCAAUCGAUGCAGUUGCUCGGAGAGCAGACCUAUGGCGAGGAGCCUGCCUCCCUGGACUUUAUGGAGGCGGUGGUGGAUUACCACCGAGAGAUGGGUGCCCAUGAGAGUGCUCUCGGCUUGGUGAACCAUGUACUCUCCAUAGAGCCAGAGCAAAGGAGGCAUCUCUUAGAGACCCGCCAGCAGUUGGAGCAGUUUAUCACGGAUGGAGACAAGAAUGGACUGCUUCACCUCACAGCUCGACGUCCUGGAGAUUACCACGCCUCCCGGGAGUUCCGCCUGUAUGAGCAGGUGUGUCGCGGCGAACUGAAACCCCAACCUGCUGCCCAGCGAAAUCUCAGGUGUCGCCUACGGAAAAGUCCCUCUAGUUACAUACCCUUCAAGCUGGAGGAGCUGCAUCUGGAUCCCCUAGUUGUGCAAGUGCAUCAGGUGGUCAGUGCCGAGGAAACGGAUUUCCUGCAACGCACAGCCAGGCCAAGGAUUAAGCGUUCCACAGUGUACUCCCUUAAUGGCGGAGAAUCUUCUGCCGCUGCUUUUCGCACCAGCCAGGGUGCCUCCUUCAAUUAUUCAAGGAACUCGGUCACUAAGCUCCUUAGCCAACAGGUGGGUGACUUCUCGGGUCUGGAUAUGGAUUAUGCCGAGGAUCUUCAGGUGGCCAACUAUGGCAUAGGUGGUCACUAUGAGCCGCAUUGGGAUACCUUUACCGAAAAUCACGUAUACGACGAGGGGGACUUUAGAGGAAACCGUAUUGCAACUGGCAUUUAUUAUCUCUCGGAUGUAGAGGCUGGUGGCGGCACUGCCUUUCCCUUCCUGCCCCUGCUAGUGACCCCUGAAAGGGGCAGUUUGCUUUUCUGGUACAAUCUUCAUCCCUCCGGAGACCAUGAUUAUCGCACCAAGCAUGCCGCCUGUCCUGUUCUCCAGGGUAGCAAGUGGAUUGCCAAUGUUUGGAUACGAGAACGCCAUCAGGACAAAGUUAGACCCUGCGAUCUCCAGCGUAACCAUGAAAUCUCAUUGCAUUACAGGGACUUUGACUGAAACACAAAUCGAAAACCAACAAAUCACUCACUAAAUUAAGGUGUUAAUUUAUUUAA